AUGGGCCGGGGCGACAUUGACGUGCAAUCCGUGUUCGCCAUCACUGUGCUGAUCUUCUCGGUGAUCGCGCUCGGCACGACGGGACACACCUCCCGCGCGGCGUACAACCGCGACGUGUGGCGCUCUGGCCCGCCGCCGCUCGUGACGCGCACGUACACGCGGUCCGGGUACCGCACGAGCUACGGAGCAAGCUAUACGACGUCCUCAUGGAUUGGGACCACGGCGUACACGACGACUGUGACCGAUUCCAACUGGUACCGGCGGCAGGUGGCGCAGGAGAACUCCACGGUGGUGGCGACGCCGACGCCGACGACAACAGCUUCCAUGGUGGCGAGCACGGCGACGCCUGGGCCGACGACGACGAUAACGCUUCCGUCCGGCCCUGCGACCGCGCUCCACUCGUCCUCGUCCUCGGCGUACCACGGCGGCGGCACGCGGGUCAAGUACUCCGAAGCGACGGUCGGCGCGAUCGUGAACAUACCCUGGCUGGCGCUGUUGGCAGUGUACCUCAUCGCGUUCCUGCUCGUGCGCCACCGCCGCCCGGAUAGCUGGUUCGUGAGCGUCACUGCCGACCUGUGGUUCCUCGGGUUCUUCUGGCUCGCCGGGAUAAGCUGCGGCAUAAUCACUCCCUGGUGGAUCUGGGAGAUUGUCGCCGCGAAGCGAUACCGUGCCGGCCUGGGCACCAGUCUCGUCCGCCUCGUGGAGGAGCAGCAAGCCCGCCGCGACGGUAUGGCCAUGGGCAACGUCGAGGAGGGAGGCUUCCGCCCCUUGCCGGAACACGAGACCUUCAAGCCGCUCACUGUCGACCUGGACACCGUCGCAAAAGACUACCUGGCGCGCGAGGCGCCGCCCAAGUCGCCGCACCCGCCCCCUUUCCCAUACCCUGCUACUCGUACAUGA